UCAGACUUGGCUCAACUAUGUUGUUCUCAAAGAAAUGCUGUGCUUUAUUUCUGUCUUGUCUAAUACUGUCAGUGCAGGCAAGAACUGACUGUCGUGAUGGGAAAUGUAAACCUGGUAAUGAUGACCUGUUUUAUAGCGUCAUUGGACGUGCCGCUGUUGGAGGAGCAGCAGCAGCGGUAGCAGCUCCAUUAGUAGCUGGUGCCUUAGGGUUCGGUGCUGGUGGUAUAGUUGCUGGUCCUGUUGGUGCCUCUGUGAUGUCAGGAAUGGCUCCAACAGCAGCAGGUGGUGUAGUAGCUACAUUGCAGUCAAUAGGAGCUGCUGGACUAGCAGUACGCUGGGUGAAUGAGAUCUUAAGCCCACUUGUGAGCAAUACCUAUGCUGUGAACAAAUCUACCUUAGAUGAUCCAAGUGCUAUUGGAAGAGGUUUUGUUAUCUUAAUGGAGCCACUGCCACAAAUUGACAAUAACUUUUGACUCAAACAAUAAGAGUAAAAGGUAUUUUACUUUUUAAGAACAGUAGUUUGGUUUAGUUUACAGUACAUGAUUGAUCAUCAUACAUGUUUUUUGAUUUGCUUUUAACUUCAGCUAAACGUAAAA